CUGUUCUGCCUUCGAUACAUAUGAUCAUAUGGUCACAACCGAUGGUUCUAAUUCCCUUGCUAAAUAUGAUAAUAGUGGCACUGGGUAUACCGUGGCGGACUGUCAGGCAUUUUGUCUUGCGGAGAACACGUUCCACUGCACCGCAACAAUACAUUAUAGCGACUACGGUUAUGGCCAUGGGUACUGCCUUCACUUUGGCUUUAGUCCCUACGUUGAGCCCUCUGCAAUAUCCUACAGAAGAUACUGCACGGAUGAGGCCCUGAGUUCCUGUUACUUAGAAGAAGUGGGUCAAAAUCUUGGCAUAUACUACACAGUCCAGUACUCCUUGGAUAACAGUACUUGUGCAACGCGAUGCUUUGACAGAGAACGCUGCAUUGGAUACAACACAUUUACAGGAGGGCAUAAUCGCUGCAGACUAUUCGAACAAAGAAAAAUGUCGCGAUAUGGGGCCACCCUUUCUAUUCGCCUCCGAAAAUGUGGAUAAAAACUACUUAAUUGAAAUAUGUAGGCACACGUGCAGUGUUUUACCAACGUAAGCGUAUAAACAAAAACAAAAUAAGGAUUUAGUACAUUUUUCUGUUUUAUGAUGACAUAAUGCGUACAGUGUGGUUCUUUUGUCAACACGCAGAAUAUAAAACAUGCGUGAUUUGCAUUAAAAAAACACUUUAAAGCAAUUCUAAAUAAAAACAGUAUUAUUUCUUGUGAGAUUCCAGACUGAAGUUUGACGUAAUAUUUAUGUAUAAAAAUAGUGCAAUUUUGUAUUUAAUCAUCUUUAUAUAGAAUAAUAUUAAGUAUUGUUCAUAAUAUUCAUUAUGCAUAAUUCUUCAAUUACUACACACUACUUUCAUUCUUAUUAAAGAGAAAAAUGUUUGGCAAGUUAAUUUAAGUGCAUUUUUUCAAUUACAAUGAAGGUCAACAAAAAUUAAGGCAAGAAAAAGCGAUAAGUUAAUUAAAGUAUGUAGCUGCCCUAGAUUUUGAGGAAAUGAUCAUUUUUCUAUUACACAAAUUUAACUUUGAAAAUUAAGAAAAAAAUUCAUCUGCCAUUCGUUUGGCUAAUGGCAAAAUUUUUAAUAACCUAGGAAAAAACUUUAUCCAGUCGUUUUUAUGUUAAAAAAUAUCCCAUACUGUGGACUUAACAUCCUCCUCCAAAAAUAUAUAUACAUAUAACAAAUAAUACCAACUGACCUUAAAAUUUAACUGCUACACCUGUUCAAAAUCAUAUCUUUCAAAUGGAUUUGGUGUUCCAACCUCACUUACAAUGACUACAUUCCUCAAACAACUUAUCACAUUUGUCUGGCCUUAAGAAACUUCGGAACUGUUUAAUUUGUUCUGGUUGUCACAUUGUGAACAAUAUUUUCAUCAAUGAUUUAUAUCAUAUAAAAAAGUACAAUUAAAAACAUUCAGCUGAUUCAAAUGAUGGCUUCAUUUAACAAGACAGCAAAGCUGGAAAAUACACAGACACUAAUGGCAAAAAAAAGUCCUAGCUGAAAGGUUCAGAUCUAGCAAAUUUGAGGUAAAACUAAAGUUGGAAUUUAUGGGGCAAAUGUUGCCAAAAAAGGGUAACUUACAGAAUAUUCUGUUUGUGCAGAUUUUCAAGCUGCACUAAAUUUCCUCAUGAAUUUAGAGUAAAGUUUGGCACUUUUAAAAUAGGGUAAACAGCUGGAAAAAAAAUCAUGAUUUUUGAAAUGAACCUAUUUUUUGCCAAACAAAGCCACUCUGUAAAUUGAAAGU